AUGCGGCGUAAGAGCCAAGUUAGCUGUGGCAACUAUAACGCUGCGAUUCAGCUGUACCGUGACGUUGGUGACGAGUUCUGCUCAAACGGGAGCAGGCCCGCCAUUCACAACGGCUACUACAAGGUCUAUGGCUCCAAGGCGUUGGAGUUUGUCAAGAAGCGGCUGCAAGAGUGA